UGAGAAAGGAUUUCCCUUGCUAGCUAGGGUUCCAAAAAAUAUCCACCACAGAGCGAGGGAGGAGUCUUUUCUUUUCCAAAGAUGCCGAAGAACAAGGGAAAGGGAGGAAAGAAUCGGAAGAGGGGAAAGAACGAAGCCGACGACGAGAAGCGGGAGCUUAUUUUCAAGGAGGACGGACAGGAGUACGCCCAGGUGCUCCGCAUGUUAGGUAACGGCCGAUGCGAGGCCCUCUGCAUCGACGGAAGCAAGCGCCUCUGCCAUAUCCGUGGGAAGAUGCAUAAGAAGGUCUGGAUCGCUGCCGGUGAUAUCAUUCUUGUCGGGCUCAGGGAUUACCAGGAUGAUAAGGCUGAUGUUAUUUUGAAGUAUAUGCCUGAUGAGGCCAGGCUGUUGAAGGCCUACGGUGAGUUACCGGAGAACACGAGGUUGAACGAGGGGAUUGCUGGUGGGAUUGAUGAGGAGGAUGAAGGCGGCGCCGAUGAUUACAUCGAGUUUGAGGAUGAGGAUAUCGAUAAGAUCUAAUUUUUUUUUUUUAAUGUUAUCGCUAUUUGCUUUUAAUUAUGUGGUGAUGAAUGUUAAGUAUUGCCUUUAGAUUUUCUUCUGUACUAUGAAUGUUUAAUUAUGCAAUAAUAGCUGAAUUGCAAA